AUGUCCUCUGACGAUGCGUAUAUGUCCUUCCUGGACAAAGCAAACGCCGACCUCAACAGCGGCCGCGUACAAGCAACCAGCCAGUCCUCGUCGGCCGUUCGCACCGAGACAGUCGACAUGGGCGUUCAGGUCCCUCCCCCGCUUACGUCGGUCGAUGCAUACUACGUUUCCGAAACCGAUGAACCGUUUGAACCCGUUGUGUUGAAAUGGGGGGGUGCGUCGAGAGGAGUAUGGCCAGAUGCCUCUCACCUAUCCAACCUCAUCGCCCCCGGUUCCGAUCUCGCCUCUUCGAUAGAAACCUUGUCGCCGGCUUCGUUUGAUCCGAAGAACCACUACCCGUCUGCGUUCCGGGCUGUGCGGGCUGCAGCUGUGCAGGGCUCUGAGAUGGAUGAGUCAGGUGUCGACGUGAAGGUUUAUCGCCUGGAGGUUGGCACAUCAAGGGUUGAGUAUUAUCUUUUGGCGUUGGAUGGGAAGGGAGGCUUGGUUGUUGGGUUACGGGCGAAGGCGAUUGAGUCUUAA